GGAACAGAAGGUGGGCCGGUUGCGGUGGCUCCGGUUGUUUGUCGAGGCGGUGGGGCGGAGGCAUGAGGAGGGACACUUGACUUCAGUGAGCACACCCGGAUGUGCUGGCCGGGGGCGGCAGGCAGGUUGAUGGGGGAGGGAGGGAGCAGCCUGUGAAACGGCGUGACGGCGGCCACCAGCCCGGGCGGGGACCGGGACUGGAGGAGGCCCCUGAACAGCCGGCUGGUCCGGCGACUGGGCUAGGGUGGGUGACUCGGGGCCUCAGGGACUAACGCCCAGCUGAGUCUGCGGGGGGGAGGGGGCAGGAGGGGUGAGGAGAAGGGUUGUCUUUACAGUUCGGAGAGAGACGAGGGCAAAGGGAGGUUUGGAGGAAGGUGGCCUGAAAUAAUGAGAAGCUGGUAACGGGCGUGGUACAAGGAACCGAAAGGAUCUGGAAGAAAGAAGGGAGGUCUGUGUAAGUAGUUGAAAGGAUUAAGUGACUAGAAGGAAUGCCAGUGUAAGUGAAGGAAACGUGAGGUGUGGCUAGGUCAAAGGGCUAAGAGAAGACGGUCGGUGGAGCAAGGAAAAAGCCGUGGAAGUGGCUGGGGUCCGGGGCCGGAAGAGUGCCAGACGUGGCCGGAAGGCAGCGGAGCUGAGCGCAAAACUGAGAGUGUUUGGAAAUUGGAAGACUUGGUGGCGAAAGAGGGUCAGGACUCAGAUCCCACCUCGGAGAGUGGGCGACGUGUCCGGGAUGUGGGAUCAGAGGCUGGUGCGUUUGGCCGUUGUACAACAGCUUCGGGCUGUUUAUGGCAUUAAGGUCAAGGGUGGCCGUGGGCAGUGCGAUCGCAGGAGACAGGAGACAGCAGCCACGGAAAUCGUGGGUAAAAUAUUUGGAGUACCUUUUAAUGCAUUGCCCCAGUCUGUUGUUCCAGAAUAUGGACAUAUUCCAAGUUUUCUUGUUGAUGCUUGCACAUCUUUAGAAGAACAUAUUCAUACAGAAGGGCUUUUUAGGAAAUCAGGAUCUGUUAUUCGUCUAAAAGCACUGAAGAAUAAACUGGAUCAUGGUGAAAGAUGCCUGUCUUCUGCACCUCCUUGUGAUAUUGCAGGGCUUCUUAAGCAGUUUUUUAGGGAAUUGCCAGAGCCCAUUCUCCCAGCUGAUUUGCAUGAAGCACUUUUCAAAGCUCAACAAUUAAGAACUGAGGAGAAGAAUAAAGCUACAUUGUUGCUUUCCUGUCUUAUGGCUGACCACACAAUUGAUAUAUUAAGAUACUUCUUUAACUUUCUCAGGAAAGUUUCUCUUAGGUGCUGUGAGAAUAAGAUGGAUAGCAGCAAUCUUGCUGUGAUAUUUGCACCAAAUCUUCUUCAGACAAGUGAAGGGCAUGAGAAGAUGUCUGCUAACACAGAAAAAAAGCUACGAUUACAGGCUGCAGUAGUACAAACUCUUAUUGAUUAUGCAUCAGAUAUUGGGCAUGUUCCAGAUUUUAUCCUAGAAAAGAUACCAGCUAUGUUGGGUAUUGAUGAUCUCUCUGCUACUCCAUCACUAGAAGGCUUUGAAGAAGGUGAUUAUGAAACUCCUGGUGACUAUAAGAGAAAGCGAAGACAAAGUGUAGGAGAUUUUGUUAGUGGAGCAUUAAAUAAACUUAAAUCUAACAGGACACCCUCUAUUACACCUCAACAGGAAAGAACUGCCCAGCUAUCCAUUUCACCAAUGAUUCUUACACCAAAUGCUAAGCGUAAACUGCCGGUAGAUUCCCAUGGUUUCUCAAGUAAGAAAAGGAAGUCCAUCAAGCACAAUUUUAACUUUGAGUUGUUGCCAGGUAAUCUCUUCAGUAGCAGUUCUACACCAGUAUCAGUUCACUUUGAUACAAGCCCAGAAGGGUCAUCUCAGAGUUCACUCUCUCCUGUCACCGUGAAUGGAAACCAUUUGAUUAGUUCAGGUGUGCUAAGGCGAAGUAAAAGGCUUGCAAGCAAAAAAGGUGGCAGGGUGGAAUCAGGAAAAGCAGACUGCUUCUCUCCUAAAAUCAGCCGUAAAGAAAAGGUUCGAAGAUCUCUUCGUUUGAAAUUUAAUCUAGGGAAAAGUAGCAAAGAUGGAAAUGUGUGUUCUGGUGUCGAUAGAUCUGAAAAUGUUGGUCGACGACUUGCAAAUCAACAAAGUUUAAAAAAUAGGAUUGAAUCUGUAAAAACAGGUCUGCUUUUUAGCCCAUAUAUUGAUGAAAGAUUAACAAAAAAAGGUUCAAAAAAGAUCAGUAAGUCUGAGGAAAACUUAUUAACUCCAGAGCGACUAGGUGGAAGAAAUUACCGGAUGUCUUGGACAGGACCUAGUAAUUCAAGUUUUCAAGAAAUAGAUGGAAAUGAAGCUUCUCCAAUAGAUGCAAUUCUUGAGGUGGAAAACUCUUCCUUAGAGCCCGAUAUGAUGGUUGAAAAGUCACUUGUUAGGUCAUAUGAGCUUACCCCUUCUAAUGUACACAGUAGGCAUAAUAACAACGUAACUGGCAGCUCUCUUAGUGGGGAUGAAAAUAACCUGACCACAGAGACUGUGGUGAAAAUUCAGAAAGCAUUUUCUGAAUCUGGAAGUAAUCUUCAUGCAUUGAUAAAUCACAGGCGGUCAUCAUUAACUAAUGUAGGGAAAGUAAAAUUUAAUGAAACAUCUUCUAUCAAAUGUAGCCCAGAAAAAAAUCUAUUUGAAAUUAAUAAUUUCACUGUGAUAGACUCCAGUGAACACCACACUAGUAAAGAUGAAAAUGGUUUUUCAGAAAGAGACUUCUCACUACAUCAAACUCAAAAAUUGGGUAGAAAAGCCACUAUAAAAUGUUACUCAACUCAGAUGAAGAUAGAACUAGAAGACAACAUUCAUUCGAAUAUACCAAAAGAUUAUUUAAGCAAGCAGAAAUUGCCCAGUGAUGAACAAAUAAAGAAACAAGAGUCCCCAAGGGAUAUACUAAAUACUAAAUUAAAGGAGAAUGAAAAUAUGAUUGAAGAGAACUUACUGAAAUGUGCAGCUUCUAGAGAGGAUGUGGCUAGCGCCUCUUCCUCAGAGCAGAUUACGUGUAAUAGCGCAAACCUGUCAAAACCUAGGCCUGUGAGAAUUGUUAAACAGCAGUCACUGGUGGAAACAUGUGAUAAAACGGUUUCUGAACAUUUACAAAUGACAGAGCAUGGAAAGGUUUCAGACCACAUACAGUGGUUUAACAAUCUUUCUUUACAUGAACCAAAUAGGACAAAAGUUAAGUCACCUCUUAAGUUUCAGCGAAUGCCUGUCCGUCAAUCUGUCAGAAGAAUUAAUUCUUUGUUGUUGUAUGGUGGACAACCUCCAAGGCAUAAAUUAGCAAGUCUUGGUGAUGCUCCUUCUCCUCUGGUUAAAUCAGUGAGCUGUGAUAGUGCUCUUCCCUCUCGUGGAGAAUGUACGUCAAAAGAUUCCUCUAUUCCAUGUACCAGAUCAAGUCCUAAAGAACAGAAGUCUACAUCAUGCAAACAGUCGAAUGUUGAUACGAUUUCAAAAUCAAGCAUGGAGGUAACUUCUACAUCUUUCUCACAAAUGAAGAGGCACCCAAACUCUGGAAAUGCUUCUCUUGGGUCCACCAGAGUUUGUAAGCAGGAAGUGAUAUCUAAUGGCCAAAUUAAGGUUCCCUUGGAUGAUCUGACAAAUCAUGAUAUAGUAAAAUCUGUUGUAAAUAAUGAUAUGGGCUUUUCUCGUGGCAUAAAUAACAGGGUCCUUAGAAGACCUUCAGAAAAAGAGAGGGUCUGGUAUAAAGGUUCUCCAAAAAAUCCUAUUGGAAAAGCUCAACUACUACCAACAAGUAGACCUGUAGACUUGUAAUUGGUAAGUGUUAUACUACUUGUCAUUAAUGUAAAUAAAAUUAGCAGUUGGUGAUAUGACUUGCAAGGUAAUCUACAUGUUAGUUUGUAGCUCAGAAUGAUUGGUAUGUGAUCAAUUUUAAUUUCAUUGCACAAGCAACUUGAAUUCUUAAGCUUGUAUAAAUGAUGACUUUGUUUUUCUUAAUUAUGGCAAUAUUUAAACUUCUUAAUUUUAUUGUCAUCUCUCAAAGCAGAGGUUACACUUUACUUUUUUAAAGAAAUUGUUGACUGGGUUUAUAAGAAAUUAAUUUUUGAAAAUUGCAUGAAUUUUAUUUUUUAACGUGCGAUAGGAAGAAUGGAAUGAGUUGUGCCUAUUUCCUGUUACUCCUAAGUCAGAUGAGGUUUCUCUAAGAAAUGUCUAACACACAGAGAGAGAGAGAGAGAGAUAAGCCCUGCAAAUCUUAUUUCCCAAAUUCCAUUAAUGUUUACUGUCUAUAUCAAAGUCCCUAGAAAUUAAUUUGUUUCAAUAGCAUCUUAAUCCUUUAUUCCUUUUGGGUGCAGAGUAAUUAGACAUAUAUUGUCUAUAGAUGUGACAGUGUGUUCACUUGAACUAGGAAUAAUGGCUAAUGCAGAAUGACGGCUCAAGUGUGCUCAUUUAGUAUGAUGCUGCAGAAGUAACUGUGACUUUAAAGCCAUACUAUGUUUUUUAAAGUUAAUUUGCACAAGUACAUUUAUAUCUGUUUUGUCCAAUAUAGAAUUUAAAAUGUUUUAAGGGGGAGUAAUUAAGCUUGGAAGAGUUUAAUCAAAGUGAUUGCUUAUAUUCAGAUGCUUGAUUUUAGACUUUGAAAUAGUUGAUGCACCUCUGUACAUGUACCUUGGAUUUUUACACUUUGGAUUCCUACAGGAGCCUGUGAUGGUUUUGUCGUGUGUGUAAAUGUUAUUUAUUUAGCAAAGACAUUAAAGAUAACUUUCUGGAAAA